GAGAUGAGUAAUCAAAGAGUAAUCUACUCACAAGUCAAACUGGCCGAAUACCCAAAGAGGCAGCAAACCAAACCUAGGAGCAAAAAUAGCUGCUCCAUUUCAGACAGUGAGCAGCAAAUAACCUCUGUGGGACGGAAGCUUCAUAAUGCAGCUCAGGAUCUUCAAGGAAAUGACAAGAAAUCCCACUGCAAAGAUUUUCCAGCACCUCCUGGGAGGCUCAUUGCUGGGGUCCUGAGACUCCUCUGCCUUGCCUUGAUGGUCGGUGUAAUAACCAUGACAAUCACAGUUAUUACUCCUUAUAGUGUAAAAUCGGAACAGAACAAUUCUUCUCCAAUAAAAAGAACUGAGAAAGGGGAUCACUGUGGUCGUUGUCCAAAGGCCUGGUUUAUGUAUUCCAACAACUGUUAUUACAUUAGUACUGAGAAAAAAUCAUGGAAAGAGAGUCGGUUGGAAUGUGCUUCUAAGAAAUCUAAUCUGCUUUACAUAGAUAAUGAAGAAGAAAAGGUAAGAUUUUUAAAUGUUUCGAACAUUUUAUGGAAAGUUUAUUUCAGUUAA